UCCGAGGGGGUGACACAUACGAUGGGGGAUGCGACGGCGUUUGCGCGGUUCCUCCCCGGGCUGCGCAACACCAACUCCGUGAUACGGACCAAGACAGCCCGAUCGCUAUGCAUCUACCUAGAAUCGGAGGCGCGGGACCUCCCCAUGGCGGACUACACCACCGUCGUCUCCAAUAUCAGUGCGUGCAUCAUUGAAAUGGUGCUUGGAGCCGACAUCACGGACCGCACGGGUGGUAUCGUGGCCAUGGACCACCUUGUGGAUCUGUUCAUUGCUGAUAACAACGACUCGAAGAUCGUCGAGUUCGCACACGCUCUCGUCAAGGUAUUCGAGAAGACCAGCAACGCUGAACUCCCGACCCUGCGUGCAGCCGGAAGGGCGUUGGGACACCUCGUCUCGUCUGGGGGAACGUCUCUAAUUGAAUUCGUCGAGGAGUAUCACAUGAAGCCUGCUCUUCAGUGGCUUGGCAACGAAAACUUCCAAGUCCGUCGGCAAGCAGCGGUCGUGAUUAUGCGGGAACUCGCCAUCAACGCCCCCGCGAUCCUCUUUCGCCACAUCGAUACCUUCUUCGACGUUAUAUGGAACGCAUUCGGGGACACCAAGCAGCAGACUCGAGAAAGUGCUGCGGACGCCCUUCAAGCGUGCUUCGCGCUGCUCCAGGCGCGUGACAGCAACCGCAAGUCCCAAUGGUACUCCCGGACGUACGACGAGUGGCGCCGGGGCCUGGACAAAGGAUCGCCCGAGUCGAUGCAUGGUGCAUUUUUGAUCCUGAAUGAGUUGCUGCGGAACUCUGGCGACUUCAUGUUUCCGAAUUACGAGCGCGUGGGGCAGCAAGUGCUCAGUUACCAGUCUCACAAGUCGUCCGUGGUGCGGCGGGCAGUGAUUAACCUCCUCCCGCGGCUGGCCAAGUUUAACUCGUCCACGUUUCUCGACAAGUUUUAUCGACCGAGCAUGCAGUACUUACUCGAGGUCGCGAGUCAGACGAACCCGCCGGCCAGCACCCGAGGCGACGCUCUGCUCAGUAUUGGGAAGCUCAGUUUGGCGAUUGGAUCCCCGCUCAGCCGCGACGAAAAAACGCUGGAGAACAUCACGCACUGCAUCAAGCUCGGUCUUGUGCGGCGCAAAGGCGAGAAGAAAGAAGUCGAGACGCAGCGGGAAGCGCUGAGCUGCCUACGCAUGCUCGCUGAAGCCACGUCGUUGGGCCGCAUCAACCUGGAUUCUACCAUUCAGUGCGUACUCAAAUGCGACUUGGACAAGAGCAUGAUCGAAACGCUUACGACGCUACUCAAACGUUUGCCCCAGGAGAAGCCGAGAAUCCAGUACUCGCUCUUUGAUCGACUCAUGGAGCUCCUCGAAGUGAACACAUCCAAGAAAGACAUGAUGACGAUCUCGGCCUCGCCCAGUCGCCACCGCAGCAAGACUUUUAACAAUCUCACGGGCGCGUCGGGUGGUAGCAAGGUGCUGAACCUCAUCUCGAGCGCCAUGUCGGGCUCCAAGCUUGAAUAUUCGCCAUCGAUGCCGAGUCUGCACACGGAAAACGCCCAAGUUAUCACGACAAUGCAGAUUCUAGCACUGGACACCCUCUCAACAUUUGACUUCCAAGGCAACCCGCACAUUCCCAUCAUGCAGCGCGUACAUACCCACGUCGUCAAAUAUCUCGACCAUGAGAUCGCGAACGUUCGGAAGAGCGCAGCGAUCACGUGCUGCAAAUUGAUGCUGCCGCCGGGGGAAGCGCCCCCGCCGCGCGACGGAGACGAAUACUUUGCAGUGUCCGCCGUCUUGGAGAAGCUGCUAACGGUCGGGAUCGCCGACACGGAAGCGGAGAUCCGAUCGAAAGUACUGGCAUCGCUCGACAGUCGCUUCGAUGCCCUUCUCGGCCAGCCAGACAACCUUCGGGGACUCUUCAUUGCCCUUAACGAUGAAGUGCUCGAGAUUCGAGCUUCUGCCAUGACCAUCCUAGGGCGGUUGAGCAUAAAGAACCCUUCCACAGUCAUGCCGACUCUGCGCCAGACGCUUGUGCAGCUCUUGGCAGAGCUUGAGUGCGCCAACGACGUGCGUGUGAAGGAAGAAGGCGCGGUGCUUAUCGGCCAGUUCCUCAAGAGCGCCGGGAGUCUGACCAAACCGUACGUGUUUCCGAUCCUCAAGGUCCUCAUGCAGAACCUCCGGGACGAAGACAACAGCCUGAACAAGGCGGUCACUGGCACGUUGGGGGAGCUGGCUGUCGUUGGACAAGAUGCGCUGCUGCCCCACCUACCGCAGCUCAUCCCAGAACUUGUGUCAGAGAUGAAGGAGAUGAAGAGCAGCACAGCCAAUGUCGCCAAGAUGGUCGUGGUUGUGCGAACGCUGGGGCUCCUCAUCGGGUCCACGGGCUAUGUCACGCGGCCGUACCACGAAUACCCUGAGAUCCUUGAAGGCCUGAGUGCCGCGCUCCAGCGAUCUGGGGACGCCAACGCCCGACUGCGCAUCGAAUCGGGCCGGACCCUCGGGAUCCUUGGCGCGUUGGACCCGUUUAGUUUCAAACUUUUCCAGUUGGAGAGGCAGGGGCGGAGCCUUGGGUCUGGUCAGGUCGCGACCAAGCAGCUGGAUCUCCAGCUCAACAAAGCAUUCAAAGGCCAGGAUAUCCAACUCAUCGUCAAGCGGGAAGCAGAAGCCGACGUACGCAGUACAAAGAUGAGCAAGAAAUUUACCAUCCAGUGCGUGGCCCCGGAAGAGCUUCUGCCGUCCUUGAUUGCUGGGGACCAGUACUUUCCCGCCGUUGCCAUCAAUGCGCUGGUUCGCAUCCUAAGCGAGCCCCGCAAUUCGAUCCAUUACCAAGGCACGAUCCUUGCGAUCAUGUACAUUUGCUCUGGGCUGGGCAAGAAGGUCGAGCCGCAGUUGCAUCGCAUCGUGCCGGCCUUCUUCGUCGCGCUUGACGCUGUCAACAUGGAGCUCAAGGUGUUUGUAUUGGACCAGCUCUGUGCGCUCGUUCGCCUCAUGGAAGACAAAAUCCAGGCGCACUUGGACCAUACCGCCGUCGCCCACCUCAUGCAGCAGUACGGGAGGAAGCACCUCGCUCAUGUCCUCAAUUUGGUGCAAGAGAUCGCGUCCUGCCUUGGCGAGGGGUUUCGAGUGUAUUUGUCGGACGUCGUACCAGAGUUGCUCAGUGUGAUCCGCACGGAGCGGGACAGCCAGGCGCGGCCCCAGACUGGCCUCGUUCUCAAGACGAUUGUCACGCUGGGCCGCCUCCUGGACGGGUACCUCCACUUGAUUCUCCCUGUGCUGGUCAAGCUCAUCCAGUCAAACGCGGACGUCCAGCCGCGAAAGCAAGCGCUCGGAACUCUUGGGUCCCUUGUUCGAAAGCUCAACGUGUCCAUGUUUGCAUCCAAGAUCAUUCACAUGCUGGCUCGCAUCAUCGGGAGCAAUGCGCAGAAUGAACUUGUCUACCUCGCUAUGGACUGCCUCAUCGCCAUGAUGUACACUCUCGGCGAAGACUACGCGAUCUUCGUGCCGGUCGUGAACCAGGUUCUCAACCGCUCGUCGCACACGGGCGAAAUGUUUGACAAAUACGACCUCCUCGUGUCCAAAUUGCUCAAGUACCAGGCGCUCCCUGCGGCAUCGUGGGCGACCGACCCGUCAAAGCAGCGAGAUGUCACCGUGCUGGACGACAACGAAGCAACAAAGGCACUCCCGAUCAACCAGAUGAACCUGGUCAAGGCAUGGGAAACAACGCAAAAGAGCACGAAAGACGACUGGCAUGAGUGGAUGCGCGCCGUCUCGGUCGAACUCCUCCGGGAGUCGCCGUCACCUGCACUUCGUGCAUGCAAAGAACUCGCGUCGGUGUACCAGCCAUUGGCGAAGGAGCUCUUUUACGCGUCCUUCUUCUCCGUGUGGCCGCACUUGACGUCACACACCCAGGAGAAUCUCCUCCGGACCCUUGAGACAGUUCUGCAAGCGGCAAACCUCCCGAGUGAAAUCCUGCAAACCCUGCUCAACCUAGCCGAGUUCAUGGAGCACUGCGACCAAACGGUGGACCGGUCGUCGCUGCCGCUCGACGUACGGCUCCUUGGGACAAUGGCGGAGAAGUGUCACUCGUUUGCCAAGGCGCUACAUUACAAGGAGCAGGAAUUCCACGCGACGCCGUCGGCCGCCGGCAUCGAAGCCUUGAUCAGCAUCAACAACAAGCUGAACCAGUUUGAAGCGGCUGUAGGAAUUGUUACUUAUGCGCAGAUCCAUCUGCCCAAGGUGCCCGUCCAAGCGUCGUGGCACGAGAAGCUGCGGCGGUGGGACGACGCACUCACCGCCCACGAAGGCGUUCUCGCGAGAGAUCCUACUAACAUUGAGGCGGUGUUUGGUAAGAUGCGGUGUCUCUUUGCCAUCGGGCAAUGGCACUCACUCCAGAGCCACAUCGAGUCAACGUGGGCAAAGGUGUACCCAGCCGACGACUACGGCGUCAAGCUGCUCAACGUCCCGCCUGCCUUCAAAAAGGAGCUGUGCAGCAGCGCCGCCAGAGUCGCGUGCACAUUACAGCAAUGGGACCUGCUUCCCAAGUACAUCAACUCGGAUAUGGACGAGACAGAAGCGUUCUUAUUCAAGUCGCUGACGUGCAUCCGGGCGCGCGUGCUGGACGAAGCGAAAGUCGCCAUAGAAGAGUGCCGGACGAUUCUAGACCCGACGAUUCAAACCUUCAUCAGCGAAAGCUACGCCCGGGCGUACAUGCCGUGUGUCGUGCAGCUCCAGAACCUCGCUGAGCUCGAAGAAGUGAUUCAUCAUCUUGACACGAACGGCGACUUCAAUCGCCUCCAGCAGAUCUGGACCACGCGACUUCUCGGAGUCGACAGAGACAUCAAAGUAUGGCAACACCUCAUGCUUGUCCGGUCGCUGGUCCUCAAUCCAAAGGACGACGUGCACGUCUGGCUCAAGUAUGCCCGUCUUUGUCGCCAGAACGACCAACUCCACUUGGCUUUCAAUGCACUGGCGAACGUUGGGGCGGAUGUCCUGGCGGCGCAGCUGCAAGUGGACCCGACCGCGCCUUUGCUGACCAACUUGGAGCAGCACAACCCUCGCGUGGCGUUUGCCUUUCUCAAGCAUUUGUGGGCCGACAACAAAGAAGAAGUUGCACUACGGCAACUUCAUUCGCUCAUCCACGUCCUCGAGCAAGACCAGAGCAACGAGUACGUCCCGCUGCGCGUCCAAGCGUACACGCAGCUGGGCAAGUGGCAAGUCACUAUGAUGGAGCCUCGCACGCACAAUGAACAGCUUUACGACCAGGUGCUGGACUGCCUCAAGACGGCAACGCAACUCGACCCGACCAACUACAAAGCAUGGCAUGAGUGGGCUCUGAUGAACUUUCGAGCGGCGGAAGCCUCCAAAGACGACUCGUACGUGACUAGCGCGAUCGACGGCUUCUUCAAGUCCAUUAUGUUUGGCCAUGCCCGGUACGACGUGACCAAGGACGUGCUGCGUCUACUCACGCUCUGGUUCAACUACGGCGGGCGCAUGGACGUCCACGACGCUGUCAGCGAAGGCCUGGCGAAAGUUUCCAUCGACACCUGGCUCGAGUUCAUCCCGCAGCUCAUUGCUCGACUCCACUCGUCCCAAACCAACCACCUGCUUAACGAGUUGCUCACUCGCAUUGGGCAACACCAUCCCCAAGCUCUGAUAUAUCCAAUUACGGUCGCGUCCACGUCGGUCGGGACCAAGAGGAAGGUCGCAGCCGAGGGAAUAUUGGCAGCUGUCAAGCGCCACUCGCCGCAACUCGUCCAAGAAGCGGAGCUCGUGUCGCGGGAGCUCAUCCGCGUGGCGAUUCUAUGGAAUGAACUGUGGCAUGGGGCGCUCGAGGAAGCGUCCCGGCUGUACUUUGCAGUCCACGACACCCAAGCGAUGCUCAACGAACUGGCCCCGUUGCACGCAAAACUCGACAACCUUGGCGUCGACGACGCUCCCACUCUGCGCGAGAUCGCGUUCCACCAAGCAUUUGCGAGAGACUUGCAGCAAGCCAAGGCGUGGACGGAUCGAUACCAACUGACAAACCAAACGGACGACCUGAACCAAGCUUGGGACAUUUACUACAAUGUCUUCAACCGCAUCAAGAAGCAAAUUGCCAACUUGAGCACACUCGAGCUGGCCAACGUGGGACCGAAACUGCUCUCUGUGUCGUCCCUAAGCUUGGCUGUGCCUGGGACGUACAAGGCGGGGGUCCCGAUCAUUCGCAUUCAGUCGUUUGGACCUCAGCUGACCGUUCUUACGUCCAAGCAGCGGCCGCGAAAGGUGGUCGUGAACGGCAGCAAUGGCAAAUCGUAUACGUUUCUUCUCAAAGGCCACGAAGAUCUGCGGCAAGACGAGCGAGUGAUGCAGCUCUUUGGACUGAUCAACACCCUGCUCGCCAACGACAGCGACACACGCAAGCGGAACCUGGCGAUCGAACGAUUUUCGGUCCUCCCGCUGAGCCACACGUCGGGCCUGAUCGGGUGGGUCGAGAAUACCGACACACUGCACCAACUCAUCAGGGAGUACCGCGAGAGCCGGAAGAUCCCGCUCAACAUCGAGUACCGCCUCAUGGUCCAGAUGGCGCCGGACUACGAAAAACUCCCGGUUGCGCAGAAACUGGAGGCGUACGAGAACGCCCUCCACGAAACGACUGGGCAGGAUCUGUACAAAGUACUCUGGCUCAAGUCGUUCAACGCAGAAAUGUGGCUCGAUCGCCGGCGCAACUUUACGCGCAGCCUCGCGGUGAUGAGCAUGGCGGGGUACAUUCUUGGGCUGGGCGAUCGUCACCCUGGCAACCUCAUGCUCGAUCGGAUAUCAGGCAAAAUGGUGCACAUCGACUUUGGCGACUGCUUUGAAGUCGCGAUUGAGCGCGAAAAGUACCCAGAAAAGGUCCCAUUCCGCCUCACGCGAAUGCUGACUCAGGCGAUGGAAGCAAGUGGCCUGGAAGGCACGUUUCGCCACACGUGCGAAGCAAGCAUGCGUGUCCUUCGUGAAAAUCGCGACAGCUUGAUGGCGAUUCUCGAAGCGUUUGUCCAUGACCCGCUGAUCACGUGGCGCUUGUUGGCGCCGCACGCCGCGCCGUCCCAUGCGUAUGCCGAAGAAGACAAGGAAAAGGAGGAAGUCAAGGUCCGGCGUUCGAGUGUUGACAGCGCAAGCAUGAUGGACUUGCACUUUGAAGAGGAACAGUUCGAUUUGAACGCCGCCGCGUUGAAGGAAGAAGAGGAGUUUGUGAUGCGGCCAGAGCAACUCAAUGCCAAAGCCGUCAAGGUCAUCGAGCGCGUCAAGAAAAAGCUUCGCGGACGGGACUUUGACCAGGACACCAAAGCGCUCAGCGUCCCAGCCCAAGUCGACCGGCUUAUCCAGCAAGCCACGUCCCACGAGAAUCUGUGUCAAUUGUACUAUGGCUGGUGUCCGUUUUGGUAAGUUGAACAGUUAACGUGUCACAGAGGGAUUUUGUUUCAACC